CUACUGCCCAGAGGCCGCCGCCGCCGCCCGCCCAGCCACUAGCCCGCCUGCCCAGCCAGCCCCAGGCUCCCGGGAACGUCAGCACGCCGCCGUCUCCGGACCUGCUCCACGCCAACCCCAUUGGUCAGAAGAAAAAGGCUGGCCCUCCCCAUUGGCCCGGCCCUCAUAUUGAACGGGCCAAUGGGAACUGCGGUUUCAGGUCGCCAUAGAGACCGAUGCUGUUAAGAGCGAAAGGGCCUGGAGAAAGUGGGGAGUGAGGAUGAAGCUCCAGCUGUAAAAGGUAGAGUUGGUCCCUGGCGUCAAAGGCAGGAACAACUGAACCCCUAAACGAAUCUUUGAAGGUGAGAGCCUAGGAGUGGGCGUUUCACUUUUCCCGCGUCUGGGAGCCCAUGAGGCUAUGCCCUUUGACCUUUGACAUAUGUGCAGCUUCUGCUUAUCCAGAAACACUUCCCAUUGGACAGAUCCAGGAGCACCAUUUUUCUGGACCUAAGAAGCACCAGUACUGAUGAAUAUUUCACUACCCUCUCCACCUCACAGCCCCACCCCCAAAAACAAAAGUGAAAGGAUCUUUAAUACAUCUGGAAUUGAUUUUUGUAAAUGUUGAGAGGUAGGGGGCUAAGAUUCAUUUUUUCCGUAUGAACAUCCAAUAGACCCAGGAGCAUUUAUUGAAGACUGUUCUUUGUACACUUCACAGCAGUGUGCCUCACCUCUGUCAUAAAUCAGAUAUGGAAAACAUGAAUAAAAGAGACCGACCUUUCAUCGCAAUUCAGAAAAACAAUAGCUCAGAUAAUCUGGUAUUUCAUGUGAAAAAUGGAAUAAGAAGCAUCAAGUAUAAGCCAGUAGACUAUCAACAAUUGCACGCAUUAACUGAAGCAAAAAAAUUAGCUUCUGCCUCUAUAGAGCUAAAGAUCAGAAAAGCAGUGCAGACUUCAAAGAUAUCUAAGGAACAAACACUAAUAAAGCAACACAAACAAGUGUGGUGGCAGGAGCAUCAAAGGCUAAAUGAAGUCAGAUGUAAAAUGGAAUUUGAAAUAAAACUUUUUCUCAAUGAAGAGAACAUUGGAAAUGAAUGUCUUUCUGACCUUACAAAUUUUGAACAAGAGCUAUCAGAACAAUGGUGCAUAUAUCUGAAAAAUGUGAUAAAUCCUAUUCAGCAACUGAGAGCAGAUUUAAAAUAUAGACAGCAUCACAUUUCGCAGAAUUCACAUUCACAUACUCAGUUAAACUCAGUGAAAGUACUGGAAGAGGUUGACUCUGUGAAAGAACAAUUGAAAGCUGUCUUUGAAAAACUUAGCCUGGAGCAACAGAAAUUAGAAAAUAAUCUUUCAGAGUGGAAUAUAAAAAUACUAGACCAUUCUUCAGAAGAAAAGAAUAACCUGCUUAGUGAACUUCCCAUGGAAUUAGAAACUUUGGAAUGCCCAUACCCUGAUUUGAAAUCUUCCAUUUGUAACGAGUUCUGUAAUUUUACAGAGAAAUAUCAAAAGAAACUUCAAGAUUUUGAUCUGCAGUUAGAAGACAUAUACAGAAACUUUCAGUUAAGUGAAGAAGACCACUGGGUUUACCAGGCUGUUUUGGAUCAGUAUCCUGGAGAUCUAUGUGGCAGAAGGACUCUGUAUCUGGACAUGUUACAAAGAUAUUUUCCUCACAAAUCUAGGCAUGAUUUGGUUGAACAUGAGAAAUAUUGUGACCAAUAUCACUUUGCUAGGAAGCAGCGAAGGAUCUUGAUAGCAAAUUGGAAUAAGAAUAGGAGAGAUUUUAUACAGAAGGCUGUGCUGACACUCGCUGAGGCCUGCGCAACUCAUGAAAUGGAGAGCACAUUGGCUAAGGACAGGAAAAAGCAACAGGAAUUGUGUGCUGAUCUGAAAGCCAAGGUUCUUCAAUGGCGAGCCCACCAGGAAGAGGUAGCAAGACUGGAAAUGGAAAUUUCUGCCAGAAGAAGGAAAAAGGAAGAGGAGAAAGAGAAACUGUGGAAGAAGAAGGAAUUGUUACAAAGAGAAGAAAAGAAAAAAAAAAUAAGAAAAUACUGGGCUAAAAAAGAAGAGAAGUGGCAAGAAAUGGAAAUGAGAGAUCUUCAGCGUCUAGAAGAACUGAAGAAAUUAAUGGCUGAACAGUCAGCAAAAGACAGAGAAAGGGUUAAAUAUAGACAAGAAUUAUUGGAAAAGCGUUUGAUGGAGAAAAAUGAAGUGGCUCUUCAAGAAGCGCAUGAAGAAGCAGAAAGAGAGAGGCGGCUAGAAGCCCUUAGGAAACAGGUUGCUAUUGUUGCUCAAUUUGAUCCUGUUAGAAUGAUGUCAGAUACAAUGGCAUCAAAAGCGAAGAUGGGUAUUGGAAUUGAAGAAGAAUUUAUUCUUCAAAAGCCCCUCUUCACAUUGAACACAUACAAUGAACAGCAGAUAAUUUCUGACCCUAGACUUCGUUUUGAGUUAGCACUCCGAGAAGCUGGACUUCAUGAAACCUUUUAUGCCAAAGAAAUGUUACCAAAAAUCAGUCCUCAAAAACCUCCAAGAAAGGAUAUGGAGUCCACUGUAUUUAAAAUCUAGAGCUCAUCCUUAAAUCUUAUUAGACAUAAACAAAGUUUUUCUCUGAAUACAUUUAUAUGGAUAACAAAUAAUUACUACUUUAAAUUUUUUUAAAUUUCAUACAUAGAAAUCAUAACACCUAUUAAAACAACUUUGCCUUUC